AUGAGGAAUCAACCGGGACAAAUGCAAGCGAUGCAGAGUCAGAUGAGUCAGAUUGCGAUAGCAAUUAACUGCCUAGAAUCCCAAGUCCAAGGUAAAUUGCCGUCUCAACCUGAAUUGAACCUGAAGAACGUAAGUGCGAUGACCCUAAAGAGCAGGAAGGAAAUUCAGGGGUCUGAACUCACGAUUCCAAAGGACAAGGAUCAGGAAAAGAUCGAGAACGAGAUUGAGAAGGAGGGGAGUAAUGGCAAAAAUCCAGUGGUACUCCCUGACCCGAUCGUUGAGGUCAAAACUCAUCCGCCUCCCUUUCCUAGCAGGUUGGAGAAAUCGAAAAAGCAGGAUAAGGAGAAGGAGAUCUUGGAGGUGUUCCGCAAGGUAGAGAUCCAUAUUCCCCUGUUAGACGCAAUCAAACAAAUGUCGAAGUACGCAAAGUUUUUGAGGGACCUGUUCGUCAAUCGAAUGAGACUGAGGGAAGAUGAAAGAGUUAUAGUGGGGAAGAAUGUGUCAGUGAUUCUACAGAGGAAACUCCCACCGAAGUGUGGGGACCCAAGUAUGUUUACUAUUCCCUGUAGGAUAGGUAACACCCAGAUUGAAAAGGCCAUGUUAGACCUAGGAGCAUCGAUCAAUGUAAUACCAAAAUCUAUCUAUGCUUCUCUGAAUCUAGGUCCAUUAAAAGAAAUUGGGAUAAUAAUUCAACUAACUGACCGAACUAAUGCAUACCCUGAUGGGUUGGUUGAAAAUGUGUUGGUCAAAAUUAAUGAUAUGGUAUUCCCAAAUGACUUUUAUGUAUUCGACAUGGAUGAUGAUCAUUCCCCCGACUCUUCACCUUUGCUAUUAGGUAGGCCAUUCUUGAGUACUGCCCAAACUAAGAUUGAUAUUAGUAAGGGUACUCUCACAAUGAAAUUCGAUAGAGAAAUAGUCUACUUUAAUAUUUUUAAUACAAUAAAACAUCGUGUUAACUCUCAUUCUGUGUUUGCUAUUCAUGCUACUAAUCCCUCUGUGCAAGAAUUUUCUGAGUUUGGUUGUAAGGGUAAAUUCAAAAUUCCUGCGAACAAGUAUCAGGGGAUGAAAACAAUUUAUGAAGUGAAAAUGAGCAGAAAAUUAAGAAAGAAGGCUGCACUCAAUGGCUAUUUGGAUCCCAGAGAAGGGCCACCGAUUACAAGGAAAAUUGAAUCACAUCCAGAUUGA